AUGGGGAGCAUUGGUGGCCAGACGUCAGACGUCUACGUCGAUAGCGCCAUUGCUGGAGGGUUCCCCGAUUCGGACGCCAGAGCUCGCAAGGAUCUGGGGAGUUCGUUCAAUGAACCACUGGUAAUGGACUUUGCCGUAAUGCACGAUGGCAUAAAUGGUUCCCACUCCCCACGCAGCCUAUUGCCCCCUAGUAGAGCGGACGGAAGUUGGCUUUCCGACGACGACACUGCUGCCGCACCACCAGACAUUGCUGUUCGACGGGACAUAUCCCAUCACGUUCCUUUAAGAACAAGCUCUAGUGACUUUACUGCUAAGAUCAAGAGACGAAGUUUACUUGGACGAUCGUCCCGUAAAUCAAGCUUGACACCAGAUAACACUCCAUAUACACCCCAAGUGAUGCCGGAAACACGACGUCUUGUCAUGCCUGAGACGCCAGAGUCCCAAAAGUCGUCUCAGCUCACCUCUUCCCGACGAAAUAGCUUAACUGGCCAGAGCUCAGUCCGUGCUAUGAGCACAGGGCCGACCACCAUGCGGAGCUCCGCAGAUUCUGUCAUGUCGGUGGAUUCCUUCACACCGUCGAUAGCAACAGGUGCCCUUUGUCCCCUACAGCAGAAAACUCAUCUCGAUGAGAACGACCGACUGUCUCCGCUACUGGAAGAUGACCCCAGAUCUUGGGAUCUUUUACAGCCGGAAGAUGAUAACCGCAAAGUGUUCUCGCUCGAGGCUCGUUCGGAGCAAUUGUUCUCCAAUUCGCAUUUGGCCGCCAUUUUCAAAGACACACCAUCACUUCUUCGGUUCACAUCCUUCCUCAGUGCAGCACGGCCGAAGUCUGUACCUGUACUGAUCUAUUACCUGGAUGCUUUGAAAGCAUUGCGAGCAAUCAACUACGCCAAUGCGGUCGCAGAAGCACUGGAACCGAUACCUGGCUUGGACUUUACUGAAACCCAGGCACGGUCAACAGUGAACGGGGUCCUUGAAGAGAAGGCAAAACAAGCUUUUGAGAAACUAGUCCGAGAUGAUCUGCCCGCAUUCAUCACGCACAUCUUCACGCAGGUCGUCAGUGUGAGCAUCUCAAAACGUGUCACUGGAACGCUACCACCUUUGCUCCGCGAGGCUAGCGAGGGACUGGCGGAGGUUUUCUGUCUGACGGAUCCUUCGCGCAAUGACAACCCUAUCAUAUUUGCAUCAGAGGAGUUCCACAGGACAACGCAGUAUGGAGUCAGCUAUGCCAUUGGACGUAAUUGCCGAUUCCUUCAAGGCCCGAAGACCAACCGCAGUAGUGUUGCGCGCUUCAAAGAAAUGUGCAUGCAGGGCAAGGAGCACAGCGAAGUGUUCCUGAAUUACCGACGCGACGGGUCCCCGUUCAUGAAUUUGCUCAUGCAAGCGCCUCUGCUCGACUCCAGAGGUAACCUCCGCUAUUUCAUCGGCGCCCAAAUCGACGUCUCCGGUCUUGUGAAGGAUGCAUCAGACCUCGAUGCCUUCCAGCGCAUGCUCGACGAAGAAGAGAAUCAAGCCGAACCCGAAGAGACAAAGGAUGAGUUCCAGGAGCUCUGCGAGAUGUUCAACCACGGCGAGCUGGACACUGUUCGCAAGUUUGGCGGCAAUAUGCACCGAGAUCAUCUUGAAGAUCAAGACGACAAGUCGAACGCAGUCCAACGACCCAGACUGCUCAUUCAAGACCAGUCGACGUUCGAUGUGGAGUCAGCGGAAAAGGCACCCCCGAAGCCUGAGGGGAGAUUGGCUGGACCGUACAAACAUUACCUCCUCGUCCGCCCCGCCCCGUCUCUCCGCAUCCUAUUCACCUCUCCCUCCCUCCGCGUGCCCGGCAUCCUCCAAUCAUACUUCCUCGAUCGCAUUGGCGGGUCAAAUCGCGUGCGCGAAUCCGUUCGCGAUGCGCUCGCUGACGGUUCGCGAGGUGUGACGGCCAAAAUCCGCUGGCUUCCCCACGCCGUCCAAGACCUCGAGAACUCAUACGAAGAAGGCCGGCCACGCUGGAUACACUGCACUCCGCUCCUUGGCGCGGGCGGAAGCAUAGGAAUCUGGAUGAUUGUCAUUGUCGACGAGGACAAACACGGGCAGCCGAACAGACGCUUCAGACAAGCGCCACCUGUCGCAAACGACGUUCGGCGACCACAACAUCUCGUGCCCUCAGGUGCACCGCGUGAGGUCAUCAGCAGGAUGGAGGAUAUGGAUCUCACCGGCGAUCACAACAGAGCAGACGACUUCGGGUACACAAAUCGCGUUGCGAGUCCGAGCGGCGACCGGUACAGUGAGCGCAACGGCGCAGCUGCGCAUCGAAACAUGAUGUACGAUGCUAUGCGGGCGCCUCCUAGCCCACGGCGGAGCAUCAACGAGCAGCGAGCUGGAAAUAACUUUUCCGCUGCGAAUAGCCUGAGGGAUAACAGAUUUGGCCAUGGGAAUAGUGUUGACUCGUUUCACAUAUGA